UCCCACUUGAAAUUCAUUUUGUUAGUUUUUGCCCAGCUCUCCAAUUUGUUAAUGUCAUUUUGGAUUCCGGCCCCAGUCCUCUGGGAUAAUAGCUUCUCCUCCUAAAUAGGUUUCAUCUGCAAAUUUCAUAAGCAAGCCUACUCUUUCUUUAUCAUAGUCUCUUAAAAAUUAAUUUUAAAAUAUGGUAUGAUAUGGGCAUCAGGGUCACAAUUUCUAUCGCUUUGACUUUCUUAAGCAGCACCAAUGGAGACUGUUUCAAAAUUCCUUCCAAAGAGAAGGAAAUUCAAUAAAAACCCUUCAAGUGUUUUCAAUGCACACUCCUUCCUUUCUGUCUGGGAAAACCUUCCUGCAGUUAGUUCCUCUCCGACUGGCUGAAACCGAUUAAAAGUUGCUCUUUCCUUUGCCCCUGUGAGAGACACCCAAGCCCACCACAGGGAGAGAUAACUUUUCCGGAUGAAUAAUUUUAGCUUCACACUCUAAAUGUUUUCUUCUCGCCUCAGGAUUUCCAUUAUUCUGAAAUAAAUUGCAAAGUGCUGUGAAGAGAGAGCAGGCGACCAUGGAGCUCUGUCUGCUGUGCAUACUGAUGGAAUGCUACAUCCUGACAAAAGGACAUGAGGUCUUCCGCAUUUCUGGGGAAAAGGUCCUAAUUCCCUGUGAAGCUACAAAUCCCCAAACACGUUGGUUCUGGUUCCCUCUGCAUUCUAGAUGUGUCAACAUCACUGGAAAAAGUGUGGAAAUAAUUCAAAAUCAUACCACACAUGAGGUGACUCCUCUUCAGUUCAACAAGCGAUUGAAUCAAGCUCCAGAGUCAUUGUUCCUCAUGGAUCUGCGUUUGAGUGAUGCAGGGACCUAUGUGUGCCGGCUUCCCAAUGGCUCAGAGACCCGCACCACCCUUUGGAUGACUCAAGGGUGCCACAACAAUCUCCUUGUCUCUUCCAAGCAGCUUGGUCCAUCCUCUAUGAAGCUCACCUGUCAUCACUGCUAUUCAUCAGAUACGGGAAACUCAUUUCAAUGGAUAUUGAAUUCAAAGCGACUCGGUAACCCCCGAUGGGCUAAGAAGAGAAAUUUAGGGUCUACUAUAAUAAUAGAUCCAAUCCGGCAAGCGGCUUUGGGACGCUGGGAGUGCCAGUCCCGUGCCAAUCCUUUGUUGAUCUCGGAGAUUUGCUUGAGCCCAUCCAAAGAGGAGCAAGCAGCAUCUCAUUGGACACGUCCUCCUAUUGCUACAGAAACCACAUUCACAGGACACACUCCCAAUGGGACUGCAGUCUGGUUUUGGGCCGUGUUGGCUGUGUUGGUGAUCGUCCCAGCUGUCAUUGGAGGUGCUGUGUGGCUCCGGAAGAAAUUGCUGAUGGACAGGCAAAACAGAGAAAACAGAGAGUUGACAGAUCAUGCUUCCCUGAGAAAUGCCACCAGAAGGGAGGAAGAUAUAAUGAAAAGGGAGAGCCUGGAUGAGACACAUGCUUCUCUUCAUUAUGCCCAGCUACAACAUCCCCGAAGGAAAUCUGCCAGUGUUCGAACUCCUGACAGCACAACCGUGUAUGCAGUCAUAGUCUGAUGACAUUUCUGUCAUUUCUCACUGCCAUGUUAAGGCUCACUCACUAUUGCUCCAUAUGCAAUAUGCAAAAUUCUGCUCCUCUGCCUGAUUUCCUUGGUGCAUUCCUUGCAAUGUGCCGGAAACCAUCGUUCUCUUGACAGGUACCAUUGUUAGUUUCUUUUUAGAAAGACCAAUGAGAACUCAGGGCAAGACAUCCUUACACAGUUAUUCUCUAAAUUACAGACUUUAUAACAUGAAGAUGGCAAACCAAUGUCAUGUGGGCCUGUUGUCAGUCUGUGACAAGCCUGGAAAAACUCAUCAGUAGACCCUAAUUAUGCCACAUAUCUAUGUGAUUAUCUCUACCCAAAAUGCUGUCACAGAAAUGGUGUUGCUGUUGUGGCGAUGAGAUAUUACGAGGAAUUAAAAGCAUGAAAAUUGAGCAAAUUUAAAAGAGAUGUACUUGAUCACGAAAAUGAAAAAGUCUAUCCAUGGGUGACCAGCAAUUUUUAAAAAACACUGGUUUUAACAGUCUUCCAAUAAUGCAUCUGAAGAAGAUACCAAUGAUAAAAGAUGAUGUUCUUCUGAUAGCUUAGGGAGAGAUAACAUUUCCUCCAAUCGCCUGUCACAAGAACAAUCCUUGCCUCAAGGUUCAAGCCAUAAUCAUAUACAAUUUCCACAUUUAAAGUGAAUAAUAAUAAAAACACUGAUUUUAACGUCUUCCAAUAAUACAUCUGAAGAAGAUAUCAAUGGUGAAAGAUGAUGUUCUUCUGAUAACUCAGGGAAAGAUAACAGUUCCUUUAAUCACUUGUCACAAGAACAAUCCCUGCCUCAAGGUUCAAGUCAUAAUCAUGUACAAUCUCAAAAUUUAAAGUGGGAAAAUAAACUUUUACUAUAUAAUCUUUCAUCAGUGGAAUGAUCAGUAUCAAAUUUACGGCUUGUCGUAUAGGAUCCUUGGUAUAGGAGCCGUGGUGGCAUAGAGAGUUAAACUUUUCUGCUAGCUGGACUGCUGACCUGAAGGCUGGGUUGCUGACCUGAAGGUUGCUGGUUCAAAUCAACGAGAUGGGUUGAGCUCCUGUCUGCCAGCUCUAGCUUACGGAGACAUGAGAGAAGCCUCCCAGCAGAAUGGUAACACAUCUGGGUAUCCUCUGGGCAAUAUCUCUGUAGAUGACCAACUAUCUCACACCAGAAGCGACUUGCAGUAUGUUCUCAAUUCGCUUCUGACACAAUUUAAAAAAACCUUGGUGUAAUGCUUUUCAAAUACAGGUGGACCUAUUUAAGUUAUGUAAGUCAAUAAAAUUUAAAUAUGAGUUUGGCUUCCCAGUUCACCACUAAUAAAUGAACAGAUUAUACUCCUAUCAUAAAUAAUCAGUUAAUUGGUUUUAAGGGUUUUAAUAAUGUUAAUAUUUGAUUUUAUUUAUUGUAUUUUAGGUUUUAAAUUGUAUUGUAUUGGUUUUACUGUAAUCCGCUUUUAGUCUCUUUUUAGAGAGAGAAAAUAGAGUAAUAAUAAUAAUAAUAAUAAUAAUAAUAAUAAUAAGUUUGUCCCCUCUGCUCUCCUUUCUGAUCCCACUAAAACAGAAUGGUGGCAUUUUAUACUUUCCAUGAGAGGCAAGCCACAUCCUCAUAUAAACUCCCCUGCUGUUUCAAGUGAUUAUGACAUUAAAAUUAAAAUACAUGCAUUCAUUGUUUUCCCUUUUCCCCCUGAGAUACAUGUCCAUCCAUGACUUGAUCAAAGCAAACUAGCCAACUGUUUUGGAUCAGCGGCCAGUGGGCAUCUGAGCAUAUAUAACAGAAGAAACCUCAUUGUUUAUCUUGAUUUGUUGCUGGCCAGCCUCCUUGAACUCUAGGGUUGAGUACUGGAUACCUUCCGCUGCUCCCUAGAUGGCAUCAAAGAAAGAAAAAAAACAGUCAGAAGACAUACACAUGGGGCUGUGGGGGUAUUUUGGGGGGUAUUUUCUUUUUAAGUUCUCACCCAGGAUGAAAAUUAAUUAAUAUUACCUAUGAACUAGAACUUGGAAACAUCUGCACACCUGAAAACAUGCUGAUUUUCAACCCUUUUGUGAAAAUUAGUCUGUUGGUUUCAUCAUGGCAAAUUAAUGAGAUCCAUUUGUUGUGUUAAGCAUUAAUACAUGGCCUAACUCAAGAUAGACAAUAUCCAUGGAAUUGAUGGAAUUUACUUAAGUAUUUACCUUCUAAGUGUCUGUGUACCCCAGUGUGUUUUUAGGCCUGUUCUUAGGUUUAUUUGGGGUGCUGAUUCAGAAAGCUGCAUUGGAUAGACCACAUCAGCUCUAAAUUAUUAAAUAUGGUUUUCUGUGGGUGAGCAGAUGGCGACUACUGGAUGGCAUAUGCGCUGUAUCUGAAACUAGAGCUGAUGUGGUCUAUCCAAUGCAAUUUUCUGAAUCAGCACCAUAAAUAGCCAAACUGAAUCUAAAGUUGACCAAAAACUGAUUCGUAACACUUUUGAUACUAAUAUUGGAGAAUGGCCCCUGGUCAAAGUGGUUCCUGGUCAAAAAAAAAAAAAAAAGGUUGGGAACCACUGAUCUACCCUAACUGAGCAUAAUAGCCAGGCUUAGUUUCAAUUUUGUAAAGUAACAAGUUAUAUUAACACAGACCAUUAUGUAUUACUCAAAAAAUAUGUUACUAAAAAUCAUAACUCUCCAAAAGGUAGCAAAUUGUACAUACCCACCAAUUCCACCACCACCACCUCAACUGGAUGAGACUUUGACUUCUAUUCUGGAGGAUCCUAAUAGCUAAUUACUGGCUGUAGAACUGGCUAAUUCGCCUCUCUCUCCAAAACGAGCUAUUGGUGGGUUCUGAAGAGCUAAAUUCCAAAGUGCCAUAGAGGACACAAAUAAUGUUGGUUGUUGUGUUGAUAUGUUUCUUCUCCUGAGUCAUAUGAGGAAAACUUCAGUGAGCGAAUCACUCAAAACAGAAGAUCAACCUUCCAUGUUCUCUCUGUUUUUCCAUGUCUUGCCCCAUGUUGCUGCUCUUCAGUUGCAUCUGACUAAAAUUGAACUGUGUGAGUUGGAUUUUGGGAGCUUGGAUCUAGUAUACUUGGAGAACAUGGAGAGCAUAUACGUGCUACAUAUAUCUCUAGUUUCACAGUUUGAUGUGAAACUAGGUCUAUCAUGUCACUGAUUUGCACAAUAUGCAAAAAUAUGUGCAUAAUUUAUAUAGCAUUUAUGUUAUGUUUCUUCAGGUGAAAUUUGGGCCAGAGUGGGGUUAAAUACAAGUUUAUGUUGUGUGAAUUCCAAACUUUUUUUCUGAUUUAAAAGGACCCUAAGGCAUUAGUCAGAGUGAGUUUACCAUUACCUUCUUCUGAAGAAGAAAGAAUGCAACUUGUUCAGGGCCACAUAGAAGGAUCCAAUCUACACUGCCAUAUAAUCUGCAUUAUAUGAGUCUAUACCGACCCUGUAAUGAAUUGGAAAUGGCAUUAUAUGACAAUGUAAAUGGGGCCUGGCUUCCCCUGAUCAAGCAAGGAUUAGAUCCUCCAUCUCCCAGGGCCCUUCCACACAGCCCUAUAUCCCAGAAUAUCAAGGCAGAAAAUCCCACAAUAUCUGCUUUGAACUGGGUUAUCUGAGUCCACAACUGCUAUCUAUUCCAGUUCAAAGCAGAUAAUGUGGGAUUUUAUUCAACUGUGUGGAAGGUGCCCCAGUGUCCUAAUUCCACACACUGUGUAAUCCCAACUCCUCAAAUACAGUUACUUAGUUGACCUACAUCUGGGAUCUCCCAAACAGCAUGGUCAUGGAUCACACAUCUGGGCAAUUCUGGGGAUUUGGGAAAAUUCAAGAAAUUGAUAAAAGGUGGAAGCUGGAAGGGUUGUUUCUAAGCCCUUGGAUAUCUUCAGCAUGGAUAGUGAAACAGGACAAUAAGAGGUUACCUCUCUGGAUGUAUAGUCUUCAGUUUCUUCUCUUCUCUUUGGAGGUCCUUCUGAACCUAAAAUGAAAAGACGACAUAAGAAAUUGGAUAGGGCACACUUUGUAAUAAUGUGUGGGGUUGUUUUAGUAGCACCUGUUGCAAGAUUGGUUAGCAACUACUUUUCUUUGCAGGAUACUCUGGUGGUAUAACGGCUAAGAUGCAAAUCUUGAUUUUGCCACUUAAUAUAAGGGUCACCAUUUCACUAUGCCAUUAUAUUUAAUGAGGCAUGAGCAUCCAGAGAUUUUGGUACCCAUGGUGGAUAGAAAAGUAAACACAUUCCCAUUGAGCUGGUUUUCAUUUUGUUGUAAACAUCCUACAAAAAUGAAAAUAAUACAAUUGCUAGAUUGUAUGAAUACACACUGUUUCUGGAAAUAAACAAGUAAAUACUCA